GUUCUGCUUUCGCCGUGUUCUCUUUGGUUCUCUGGAGCGAACUUGUAUUACGAUGUGACUCAUAUUAAUUGCUACCGAUCGUUCAAAGUGCAGUAAUUAAGUUGAACUUGUUUCGAGUGCUACAGAUGCUUUUCAAUAUAGUGUUGUAAAUUGUUGAAGGACUGAGCAGCCGUCGCUCUAAUAUUUACAUCAGUGAUAGUCUUCUACAAUAUUUCUGCAACCAUUCAAUGUGAAUAUUUGGAUCAUAAAUGGAUCUGUAGCUAACAAAGGCAUAACACAUGUUUGUCAGAGACAAAAAAGUCAACACCAAUGUGACCAUACAGCGAAAAUUAGUCAAACAAUUUAAAUUUAAACGGUACAUUGUCGACUGUUGAGCAUCUAGAGCGGUUAUCUUGUUCAACUUAUUUCAUUUGUCAAAAUCUGUGGCUACAUACCUUCGCGAACACAAUUAUAUCUUAUCAUGGCGUCUCAAAUAGCUACAGAGCAUGUGUAUAUUUCUGUGAUUCGGUCAAAACAUGCUCCUUGAUAAAAGCUAUCAUUUAAUAUUCCCGAUACGCUAAUCCUCGCGCAGUUUCGCUCGCUCAAUACGGCAAUACAAUACAUCACUAAUGUCCUCAGAUGCAGUACCAAAGCAAUCGCUAAUCAGUAUACACAGCCCUGAAUCGGUGUUACCUGGAAUAUGAAGAGUAUUGUGGAAGUUUUUUGUGAUUAUGAUAGGAGUGAUUUUUCGUUGGGGACCUCUUUGAAUAUAGAAGAUACGUUAUUCCAACACAUCCUAGAUCAUGACGCAAACGACUCCUUAUCCCCUACCCAUACAAGUGAAUCCAGAUUCACCCCGGAGCAGUCCGUGGAUAGUAAUAAGAACUAUACUUUAGACAAUUGCCAAAGUAGUGCAAAUAACCUGUGUACCAUAUGUAGCGAUAGGGCCACAGGCAAACAUUAUGGUGCUGCGUCUUGUGAUGGCUGUAAAGGUUUCUUUCGGCGCAGCGUGCGAAAAAACCAUUCAUACACAUGCAGAUUUUCCCGCCAAUGUGUUGUGGAUAAAGACAAACGUAAUCAGUGUAGAUAUUGUAGGUUAAGGAAGUGCUUCAAAGCUGGUAUGAAAAAGGAAGCUGUUCAAAAUGAAAGGGACCGAAUCAGCUGUAGACGUCCCAGCAUGGAGGAUAUUGAUACGUCAAAUGGAUUGUCGGUGAAAUUUUUACUUCUUGCUGAAAACCGUAGUCGUCAUUUUGGUGCUGCGCUUGACGAUGCAUAUGAUGGUGAUGGCGAUUUAUCGAAUAAGCGAUUUGCAAGCAUUAACGAUGUUUGUGAUUCUAUGAAGCAACAGUUAUUAAUCUUGGUUGAAUGGGCCAAAUCAAUUCCCGCAUUCGCCGAGUUACAGCUAGACGAUCAAGUUGCCCUACUGAGAGCCCACGCAGGAGAACAUCUGCUGCUAGGAUUAUCGAGACGAUCAAUGCACCUGGAAGAAAUGCUAUUGCUUGGGAACAAUUGCAUUAUAACAAAGCAGAGUCCGGAUUCAAAGAUGGCACCGAAUCUCGACAUAUCUAGAAUAGGGGCAAGAAUCAUAGAUGAACUCGUUAGUGCCAUAAAAGAUAUAAAACUUGACGACUCAGAGCUGGCUUGUAUCAAAGCUUUAGUGUUCUUCGACCCAACUGUCAGGGGCCUCAAUCAACCACAAAAAAUAAAAGCGCUUCGACAUCAAGUUUUGAAUAAUUUGGAAGAUUAUGUAUCCGACAAACAGUAUGAUUCAAGAGGUCGAUUUGGAGAAAUUUUACUUUUAUUACCAGUGCUACAGUCAAUUACCUGGCAAAUGAUCCAGCAAAUAGAGUUAGCCAAAAUGUUCGGGGUGGCACAUAUCGAUAGUUUGCUACAAGAAAUGCUACUAGGUGGCGAAACGAUCGAAAAUACAGCACCUCCAACACCUCCGUUGAAUAGCUUCCCAAAUAGCAGUAACAGUCCGCCACACAUGAUGUCCUGCGAUACGACCCAACGACCAUCUAAUGCAAUGGAGAUAUCGCGAAGUAAUCCUACAACAACUUCCUCAAAUUGUGACGCAAUCGAUUCAGAAAGCAUCGAUGGAGCAAAUGAUAUGAUGGCUCCAGCAAUAAUUGAAGACAUUAGUAACUACAAUAUACCGCAAACAACGAAUAGCUUUCAACGAGAUGAAAAUGUUCAAAAUUAUAUACAUCCAUCAAAUGAUGAUGUCUACAGCAAUCAAUACAUUUCACCAGCGUCUUCCGGAAUGCACCCUGUACAUGCAUCGGCCAAUCGGCAUCAACAAACAAAUGUUUUAUUACCUGUUAAUCAGUUAAGUCGCGAAGAUUACCUAAAGCUUGAGCGUGAACUUAAACGUGAACCUGAAGCAAACGGAUAUUGAACUGUUAAAUAUUUUGUGAUUUUUCUUUCCAAAUUAAUAAGAAGCGAAGGAUGCACAUUAAUUGUUGUUAUUAGGAUUAAGGUAAUGGACAUGUUGGAAUUUAGUAAAAUCUCUUUUCAGAGGUGGCUUGCGCAAUAAAAUAGUUGUUAUUUUUAUCCAA